GUUGUAAUUCAUCUGACAUAUACCUCGAAAAAAAAAACAGAUCCGUAUCUCCUUUCAACUAAUACAAUUUUGAAACAUCAGUAGAAUUUUAUACUUCUGACUGUUUUAUUUACAAUUUGAAUCAUCUCAUAUGAUAGUACAAAAAAAUGGCCACUUUCAAAAUACACGAAGAUAGCGCAAUUAAAGAUGCAAUUUCAAAAAAGGAGAAUAUCUCGAGAUUGCCGAAAAAAAUACAACCGAACGGUAAAAGGACUGCUUUGAAUAGCUUCAGUAAUGGCGUUAGGCAAGAUUGUAAACGUAUAAAAAUAGUUUCGAAUAAAGAAAAUGUACCUCCUCCUCAGGUAAAGCCUAUCACUAAAAUGGAAGAGAAGCCCAAACUUGUGAUUGACACUGAUUUGUUGAAAAUUGUUCCUGGCGAAAAUAAAACCAGUGAUAACGAGGAUGCUGAGGCUCUUCCUUUGUUACAAACUUUGAAAUGUUCUUUAGAAUAUUCUGAGGAGAUCUUGAAAUUUCUGAAAGAGCAAGAAUCUGAGACACUGCCCAGACCAACUUACAUGGAUAAACAACCACACAUCACGUGGAACAUGAGGAGCGUCCUAGUGGAUUGGCUUGUUUGCGUGGCCGAUGAAUAUAACCUGAACGAGGACACCCUGUAUCUUGCAGUGCAAUACAUCGAUAGGUUUUUGAGUAAAAUUUCUGUGAUACGCGAUAAACUGCAGCUCGUCGGAGCAUCUGCUAUGAUGAUUGCUGGAAAGAUGGAGGAAAUUUACCCUCCCGUGCCUAAGGAAUGGGCCUUUCUGACCAGCGACAGCUACACUGCAAGGCAAGUCAUCAAGAUGGAGCAACUGAUCAUCAAAGUACUCGAUUUCAAGCUGGUGUCGCCAACUUCUUACACGUUCGUGAGGAAAUUCUGCGAAGAUCAUAAGAUCGAUAAGGUUACCACGAAUCUGGCCAUGUACCUGACCGAACUGGUCCUUCUAGAGGGCAAGCACUACCUGAACUUCAAACCGUCAGAAAUCGCAGCUGCCUCCAUCCUGUUCGCACGUUUCAACCUGAUGAAACCGAUCCUGUGGCCCAAGGAAAUGGAAAAAUCCAGCGGCUACACCAUCAAACACCUGAGCCCAAUAGUGAAGGCCCAGAGCGUCACCCUGAAGGGAUCCCCUCUGACGCCCCAACAGACCAUACAGGAGAAAUACAAGGGUAGGAAAUUCGGAGGGGUAGCCCUGUUGAAGCCCAGGGUCCUGAAUCUGGACUGCCUGGAAGACGGCGACGGUUGCUUAGCUGAACUGCCUCAGAGAAACUUUGGAGUAAUCGGCGAUAGGAGAAAGUAGAGUGUGGGAGAUCCAUUAUUGUUUUUGUUCGAAACUGGGGUUAUUGGCUAUAUCUUGCGCGACCUGUAUAGUAUACUGAGAUCGGUCCCCAUCGACAACUUCUCUGGUUGGAAGAGUUUUAAGAUCGAAAAGUUGAAGGGGGAGAAGUUGCUGAACGUUGAAGGGUGUUGCAAAAUUCGACUAAACCCAUGUGGACUUAUUUGUGUGAGCUGAGAGUGAAGCGUUUUCCUGUACCUGUUCUCGUUGUUAUUUUUGUACCCGAUCUGAUAUCGUGUGAUUUUCGAGAAGUCGCCGACGAAGGCACUAGCUUUAAUACCGUAUAAAUCGAUGGAACGGUCAUUUAAUUUCUUAUCCUAUAGAGGAAAGCAAAUCUGGAUGAUAUUUUUACAUAUGACUUAUAUACUUCUGUUUCCUCCUAUAUGUAUAUGUAUUUAUUUUGUUUUCCUCCUUUUUUAUAUGAACUUUUAUUGUAAAGCACUUUUGCUUUGAUUUUUAUUGAAACUAAUGUAUUUUCCAAGGAUUGAUUAGUCGCAUGGCAGAAUGGUGGUAUUAUUGUCAUGUUUCAUAUGUAUAAUUUUUUUAUAAUUUUGGGCAGCAACCUUUAUACAUUUUGGACAAUAAAUGGAUACAUUAACUUUAUAAUGGCUAUCGCAUAUACUUGUAAAUUGAUAAAGUUGUUAUGUUUUUGUUGUGCUAAUUUUAGAUUUGUUUGUUGUUAUUUUUCAAAUUGAGCGAAUCCUUUGAAGGUCAAUAAAACUGAGGUGAACAUA